UAUAAAUUAAUGAUACCUCACUAAUAAGAUCACAAAGCAGAACUCAAAUUUUCCUCUCUCUCAAAUCUUAACAUUAGCUAGAGAGAGAGAGCCAUGGCAGUUCUAACAACUGUGUUAGUUAUAGUGUUCUCUUUAUUCUUUAAGGUUGCAUAUGACACCAUCUCAUGUUACUUAUUAACCCCAAGACGCAUCAAGAAAAUUAUGGAGAAGCAAGGAGUGCGUGGUCCUCAACCUCGGCCGCUUACGGGCAACAUCUUAGACGUGACUGCUUUGGUCUCCCAAUCCACUUCUAGAGACUGUGAUUAUGUCCACCAUGACAUAGUUUAUCGUCUUUUGCCACAUUUUGUUACCUGGUCUAAACAAUAUGGGAAAAGAUUCAUAUACUGGAAUGGGAUCGAACCGCGCAUGUGCUUAACAGAGACUGAAUUGAUUAAAGAACUGCUGACAAAGUAUAGUACUAAAGCUGGGAAAUCAUGGCUGCAACAGCAAGGAUCAAAACAUUUUAUUGGUCGUGGCUUGUUAAUGGCAAACGGUGAUAACUGGUACCAUCAACGCCAUAUUGUUGCUCCAGCAUUCAUGGGAGACAGGCUCAAGAGCUAUUCUGGCCACAUGGUGGAAUGCACUAAGAAGAUGCUCCAAUCACUGCAAAAAGCUGUGGAAUCAGGGCAAACCGAGUUCGAGAUUGGUGAAUACAUGACAAGACUCACUGCUGAUAUAAUUUCAAGAACUGAAUUUGAUUGUAGCUACGAGAAAGGCAAGCAAAUUUUCCAUUUGUUGAAUGUUCUUCAACGUCUCUGUGCUCAAGCAAGCAGGCACUUGUGCUUUCCCGGUAGCCGAUUCUUUCCUAGUAAGUACAAUAGAGAAAUAAAAUCACUGAAGAUGGAGGUAGAAAGAUUACUGAUGGAGAUCAUACAGAGCAGGAAAGAUUGUGUAGAGAUUGGUAGGAGCAGUACUUAUGGGAAUGAUUUACUUGGGAUGCUGCUUAAUGAGAUGCAAAGUAAGAGAGAAAAUGGGUUCAGUUUGAACCUACAAUUGAUAAUGGAUGAGUGCAAGACUUUCUUUUUUGCUGGACAUGAAACUACUGCUCUCUUGCUCACAUGGACUGUCAUGCUUCUGGCUAGCAACCCUUCUUGGCAAGAAAAAGUUCGAGCAGAGGUUAAUCAAGUCUGCAAUGGUGAAACACCCUCCGUUGAUCAUCUUCCCAAACUCACCUUGCUAAAUAUGGUAAUAAAUGAAUCACUAAGAUUAUAUCCUCCAGCAACUGUGCUACCAAGAAUGGCUUUUGAAGACAUUAAGCUAGGAGAUCUUCACAUUCCAAAGGGGCUAUCAAUAUGGAUUCCUGUUCUUGCAAUUCAUCAUAGUGAAGAAUUAUGGGGGAAAGAUGCAAAUGAAUUCAAUCCUGAUAGAUUUGCAUCAAAAACAUUUGCUCCUGGAAGGCAUUUCAUUCCUUUUGCAGCUGGACCCAGGAAUUGUAUUGGCCAAACUUUUGCUAUGAUGGAAGCUAAAAUCAUAUUGGCCAUGUUGAUUUCAAAGUUUAACUUCAACAUUUCAGAUAGUUAUCGCCAUGCUCCUGUUAUUGUCUUGACAAUAAAACCUAAGUAUGGAGUUCAAGUUUGUCUCAGGCCUUUGAAUAAUCCAUGAAAAUUUUUUUGGAGAGAGAGAGAGAGAGAGCUUGCCUAUUAGUGCUAUGAGGAGUUUGAGUUGAGUUUUGAUAAGGUGGUCAGAAUUUUAAAAAAAAUUUUGGUUGUAUUUUAAUCAAGAGAUAGACAUGGAAUGAUGCUUUAACAUGUAAACAAAGGUGAUAGUUAUUAAUAAAAUGAAAGAAAAAUAGACAUUAAUUUUUCUUUUUAAUUA